AUGGCAGCCUCCAUAAACAGGCAUUGUCGGCAACUACGUCGGCUAUUUUCUUCUGGGAGCAAACUUAAUUCCGAAAUAACGAAUGACGUUGAUAAUUUGAGGUUUCCUAAGCAUGUCUUUUCUGGUGUCCAGCCUACAGGGGAUCUACACAUUGGUAACUAUUUUGGGGCAGUAGAAAACUGGGUGAAAUUGCAAGAUCAUGGAUAUGACAAGGUUAUCUACUGUAUAGUGGAUCUUCAUUCUAUAACAAUGCCACAAGAUCCCAAGGCUCUAAGAAAGAGCAUCCUGGACAUGACUGCUUGCUUACUGGCGUGUGGUGUAGAUCCAACACGAAGCAUUCUUUUUCAACAGUCAUCGGUCUCAGCACAUGCAGAGCUCAGCUGGAUACUAGGUUGCCAUACAACUAUGGCUCGUCUUGCUCGGCUUCCCAUGUUUAAGGAGAAAUCUGGAAAGUUAAAGGAGGUGCCUCUUGGCUUGUACGUCUAUCCAAUUCUGCAAUCAGCCGACAUACUUCUGUACAAGUACGUACGUGUUGCUAGUAAGCAACGUAAAGUAGAUGGAUUGUAA